AUGGCGCCGCACCGCCGCAGCGAAGACAUGGAGCUCAGCAGCGACAGCGACGCGGCCGCGCCAGCCGCUGGCUGGAGCACCAGCAGGGUCCUCGGCUGCGCGGCGCUGGCCUGUGCCGCCUGCGCCGCGGGCGGCUUCGCGGCAGGCGGCAUGGCUUGUCGACCUGCUGGGAAGAAGACCGCAAUCGUGUCAGAGACAAGACGAGCGGACAAGGCGAUGGCAACGCGCAGUGAGAAGGACAGCUUCGGCCCCAUCGAUGUCCCAGCGGACCGCCUGUGGGGCGCACAGACGCAGCGCAGCCUGCAGAACUUCCCGAUCGGAGACGCGCCAGACAAGAUGCCACUGCCUGUGAUCCGGGCCUUCGGGAAGCUGAAAAAGUGUUGCGCCAAGUACAACAUGGACGCUGGAAGGUUGUCCAAGGAAAUGGGCGAGGCUAUGAUGAAGGCCGCGGACGAGGUGGCUACUGGCGUCCACGACUCCCACUUCCCGCUGGUCACUUUCCAGACUGGCUCUGGCACCCAGUCAAACAUGAACGUCAACGAGGUGAUCUCGAACCGCGCCAACCAGCUGCUCGGCGCCGAGCUGGGCACCAUGAGCCCAGUGCAUCCCAACGACCACGUCAACAUGGGCCAGAGCAGUAACGACAGCUUCCCGACGGCCAUGCACAUGGCCGCCGUCGAGGAGAUCCACCUGCGUCUGCUGCCUGGUCUGGAGCGCCUCGAGAAGGCGUUGCAGGCCAAGAGCGAGGAGUGGGCCGGCAUCAUCAAGAUUGGCCGCACGCACUGCCAGGACGCCACGCCCUGCGUCGGUGGAGUUCUCUGGCUACGCCGCGCAGGUGCGGGCCGGCAUCCGGCGGGUGCAGGGUUCGCUGCCCGCGCUGUACGCCCUCGCCCUCGGCGGCACCGCAGUCGGCACUGGGCUGAACACCAAGAAGGGUUACGCGGAGGCCAUUGCGGCGACGAUCGCGGAGGAGACCGACGGGCAGGCCGUUCACGUCCGCUCCCAACAAGUUCGAGUCCCUCGCCGCCCACGACGCGGUGGUGGAGUGCUCGGGGGCGCUCAAGACGGUGGCUUGCAGCCUCAACAAGAUUGCCAACGACCUGCGGCUGCUGGGCUCGGGCCCUCGCUCUGGGCUCGGAGAGCUGA